UGUUGGUUGUUAUUUUUUUAGUAGCAAUUUUUGUUAGUAUCAAAUCAAUUAAAUUAUUCUAGCCUCAUUAUCAAAAUACAUAUGUUCUUUUAUUUUCGGCAGAUAAAUUGUGUUUAAAAAUGUGUAUCAAUUCAAUGGCAAUCUUCGCAUUUACAUAAAAGAUUGCUCGGCCUUAAAAAAAAAAAACGACAGUCCGUGUGCUGUGGGGUGGAUGAAAAAUUUCUGCAUUUACUGUGCAGUGCCCCCAGGAAAGACAACAACAAGUGAUAAAUAAAAGGGCAACUUGUAAAUAACACACAUAUGUAUAUGUACAUACAUAGAUACACACAUACACGCAUAUAUGCAAACAUACAAUUGUAUGAUAUUUAUGAAAAAUAGCGAAACACGCCCAAAGCGAUAGCAAUAAAGUGUUGUUGUAUACAAAAGAAGACUCCCUCACGGCCAGUCAGAUACAGCAAAAACAACAAUAGCAGCAGACAGUGUUGGCAAGUGGCGUAAACGGAGACAAAAAGUCGAAUAAACGUAACGUCCUUGGUUAACGCUAAAGCGUCAAAACUGGAACAGGCGUAAAAAGAACAAUAAGAAAACGACGACGACGUCGACGGCAGACGACACACGAACAAACAAGCGCGCGCACAAGCACAUAAACGGUGAAAAACAAGGUGUGCUAAGAAGAAAAAAAAUAUGGCAGCAGCGCCAACAUCGCCCACAACAACAACAUCAGCAGCAGAAGCAACAACAACAACAACAACUGGAGUUGGAGCAGCGGCAGCAGCAGUCGCAGUGGCAGCAGCAACUGUCGAAGGAGCUGUCGGUGGCAUCGAUACUGGCAACGGCAUCGAUACUAUCAACGGCAUCGAGAUGCUAAAAGCAUUAUACGAUUUUCAAGCGGUUUAUCCCAAAACAAUCAGCUUCGAUGAGGGUGAAUAUUUUAUACUAUAUCAGACAUCGGCACGCCAGCGUAAUUGGUGGCAAGUUGUUAGCAUGAAGGGCAACAUUGGCUUUGUGCCAUCCAAUUACGUAAUGAAGAUUAAGGUGGAACAUGACUUUCUCAUCAGUUUUCUCAACUCAUCAAUUGAGUCGCUGGAAAAGUGCACAGAACCGGAGAUCAAUGGCAUUAUGUCCAAGAAUGAGCUGCUCGACAGACUGCGCGAAAAGAAGCACACUAUGGAGCGCCUAUAUGCUGAGAGUUCGGAACGUGAUGGUGAUUCAUCGUUGUCCUAUUCGCACAGUUAUAGCGAUAAGCAGCAGCUGAGUGGCAGCCACAGUCACUCACAUCGUCACUCGCACUCGCAUACGCAUCCACAUCCUCAUCCUCACCAGCAGCAGCAGCAGCAAAUGAAAUCGCAACAGAAUAGUCCGCCUGCCCCACAGCGACUGGACAUGAGCAAGAAGAGCAUGUCCAGUCCGGCGGUGGGGGUAAGUGUGUCACAUUCGAUGCCUGAGUCGCCUAGCAUGGGCAGCAUGCAACUGCAGAGCAGCAGCUGCACCAUACAGACGCCACAGCAGCAGCAACAACAGCAACAACAACAACAGCAACAACAGCCACUGCCAGCUCCUCCUUUAGUGGCAAGCACAUCAGCAGCAGCGGCAGCUGCAGCAGCUGCUGCUGUUGUGGCACAGAAAGUAUCCGCAUCUGUUUCGGAUGUGGCGCAGGACAAUAGCAUCACCUCAGAGCCAUCGGAGACGACAACAACGACGACGACGACCAGCGAGGAUGUGGUAACCACCUACAAGGAGACCAGUCAGCUGAGUGCCAGCAAUGGUGGCACCUCAAAUGCCGCUGCUGCUGCUGCCGUUGGUGGUGGUGGUGGUGCAGCUGCAGCAGCCACAGGUGCAUCAUCAACGGCAUCGACAGCAGACCACAAAUCACACAAUGCCAAUGUCAGUGGAAAUGAAAGUGGCAAUGGAAAUGGAAACGGAAAUGGGAAUGGUAAUGGUGGUGCUGGUGGUGACACAACCGCAACGCACGAUGAUCCACUCAGUCUGAGCCUUAGCCAGGGUGUGGACAGUGUCCCAGACAAAUCGGAGGCGAGUGAUGAUGCCUGCAAUGGCUGCAUUAAUGCCGCCGACAAUAGCCAAGCCUUGGAUGAUAGCAUUGAGAGUCCAUCACGUUCGGUGGGGCAUCGGCAUCGUCUGCUGGCGGCAAGUGCACCACUCAAAGUGGAAUCAUCGGAUGUAUAUCAAAUUGUCGAUGCAUUGCGUCGCAAUACAAAUCUCAGUUUCGAUUUGUCUUGCGAGGCAUUGCGCGUUGUCCUCACCAGCCUGGAGCAGUUGUAUAAUGGUGCCAUCAAUCCAUAUCUGGAGGCGGUUGCUGUCCACGUUACUGGCAAGGUGGCGACGCCCAAGGAACUGCUCGGCAUCACGCACGACUCGAAGCGACUGCAAUAUUUGUUUAGCCAGCUGGCCGAUUGUAAGAAUGAUACGGAGCAGCGCACUUGGAUGCUCUACGAGGAUGAGGAGGACAUCAUACAGUUUCUCGAGGAGCUCGUUGAGAUACUGAACAAUGCGGAUGAGAACAUCAGCUGCUAUGAGAUGUCAUGCGAUCAAUAUCAGAUGUUUAUCAAUCUCGUGCAAUAUUAUCAGAUGGAGACACGCUGGUCCAUCAAACGCCUCUUGUUAAAGACUUUCACAGCUGCCUGUCAUCUUGAUCACAUCAUUGUCGACAUUCUGCUUACCUCGGUGCUGCCUCUGGAGAUUGUGGAGGAUAUGAAGACGCACUUUGCCAAUUUGGAUCGCUUUAAGCAGCUGGUCAAGAUGCUGACCAUCAUUUUCUCAUUGGGUCAGCCCAUGCCAGUGAAUCAUCAAGAUUAUUUGGGCGUGCACUUUGCCAGUUUUCUACUGGAAAUUGUGGAGGGCAACAAUCCGGAGCUGCUUGUAGAUAUGGUAAUUGCCCUAAUACUGGCAUUCAAUCAGCAAUUUAGCGAGCAUACGGUCAAUGUGAUUAUCGAGGCUAUGCAAAAUCUGCCAACAGCUAAAGUGUUCACCGAGAAGUUGUUGCUUCUACUCAAUCGAGAGGAUGAUCCAACGCGACUGUUAAAGCAUCACAAUGAGCAUAUGAACACAGUGCUGCGCAUGUUUAUUGACAUAUUCAGCCAUCCGGAUACCGCCGGAAUGUUUUAUACAAACGAUAUCAAGGUGCUCAUCGAUAUUGUGGUGCGUCAACUAUCAGAUUUAGAUGCGGGCAAUGCGUUACGUCCGUGCUAUUUGGAGCUGUGUCGUCGCAUUUUGCGCAAUACAAACUAUCAGGAACAUCAGCAUCGCAAGCAUGAUCUCAUGAAAAUCUUUACGCGCAUCUUCUGCGAGGAAACCGAAUGCAGUGCAUCCGAUCAGCAGCUGGUGCGCGAAAUAGCCAACGAAUUUCCCCAAUUAUUUAAGGCAUAAACAAAAAAUCUAAAUUAAAAAACAAAACAAAUGCAGAGAAAAGACACAACCAGAUUUAAAUAAAUUAAACACUCCUAAAUGAAAACAUAACAAAAACCAGUAUAAAACCAAAUAUAACAACCAAAAUCUAAAGCGUUGCUAGUGAGGCUACCAAAGCGAGCCAACAAAAAUUUCAAUUUAAAAUUGUAUAGUUUACAAAACUGAUAAAUCAACAGCGACAGCAUAAGCAUUAUAUAACUUUUUUCGAAUAGCCUUAGAAAUGAAUCAGCUGCAUUUCAGUAUAAAAACUUAUUUAUUUACUAAUAUUUUAUAACUAAAUCUUAAGUUUAGAUUAUACGAUUUCAGUCACGUUCGAUAUAACCUUACAGAGGUUUUUGAAGUUAUAUGUAAUUCCCAUCCAUGUCUAACGGUCUGUCUGUCGCAUCAAAUCGAAUCGAAUAACUAUAACAUAUGGAUAUUUAGAUAAAAUUUUCCAAAUUACAUUUUAAUAGGAAACCAUCUGCAAGGUUAUUUAAACUUCGGUACACCGGAGCUAACUAUCCUAAUUUUUUUUGUUAAAUUUUGAUGUACUCGUUGCAAUUUGAUAGAUUUUAAAAUAAUCAACAUUAUCAAUUAUUUAUUAUUAUUAUAUUAUAUAUAAUUUGUAGGUAAGUCUUUUGAGAAGAGCCAAAUAGUUAAUUGGCUUCGAUUUUAAAUCUUAUGAAAUUAUGAAAUGCAGGCAUUUUCAGUUUUAACUAAACUAUUACAUAGUGCAUAAUAUACACACACGUACAUAUAUACAUAUACAAAUACAUAUAUACAUAAUAUAUAUACUAUGUAUUUUUUAGAGAUCAACAACCAAAUUUAUAGAAAGAAGAAGACACAAAUUUUACAUCAACAAAUUUAUAGUUAAAAAUAAAAAUAAAUUGAAAUGGCAUGCAAUUGAUUUGUUUAGCAACAAUAAAAACAUUAUAUAUUAACACAUAAAAUGAAGGGAAAAUAAAUGCAUUAUUAAACAAAUGAUAUUUAAAACAAGUAUAAGGUAAUAUUAAAUGUUAAUUGCAAUCAAUAAUAUGAGGAAAAAUACAAUGAUAUUUAAUCGAAUCCAACUAAUAAGCAUAAUAAUGUUAAAUUUGUUUAUAUAAUCUAUGAGAAACAAAUCCAAAAUACACACACAAGAAUAUAUCGACGACUGUUGUUAAAGCUCAGCCGCAAAAUGGCAUUAAGUUAAAACAAUUGUAACAACAAAAUCAAGUAAUAUUAUUAAUAAUAACACGAUUAAUAGAAAAUUAUACAAAUUUGUUGAGAUCAUGAAACACUUUCUCUCUGUCAAUCCAUCACUUUCUCUCGCUCACUUUCACACUCUAUCUAUCUAUCUCUAUCUAGUCAACUCUAUAUAAUGAAAAAGUUUUGGACAAAUGGAAUUUGAUAUAUACAUAUGUGUUUAUUUAUUUAUAAGCCGUUUUUAAUUGGUAUUAAAGUUUAUCAACAUAUUAAGUUUAUUGUUAAAUAAUAAAAAAA